AUGGGCAAGAAAAGGAAACAUGAAGCUAAUAACGACGAUUUCGAAUUUGAUCCUAUUCCUCGACAUUUGGUUACUUCACAUAUAAAAAAACAGGAAAAACGUUUAAUUGUUAUUCUUGAAAACGCGCAUUUGGAAACAGUUAAAAGUGGAAACAGCUUCGAAUUACUUAAUUGUGAUGAUCAUGGUCAUAUAUUAAGGAAAAACGACAGAGAUCCUGGAUCAUGUCGACCUGACAUCGCACACCAGUCUCUUCUUAUGCUAAUGGAUUCCCCUCUCAAUAGAGCAGGGUUACUGCAAGUUUACAUUCACACCGAGAAAAAUGUUCUCAUUGAGAUCAACCCACAAACAAGAAUUCCUAGAACAUUCAAAAGAUUUGCUGGUUUAAUGGUUCAACUACUUCACAAAUUUGCGAUCAGAGCAUCAGACGGACCAAUGAAGCUGUUAAAAGUCAUCAAGAAUCCAAUAACAUCACACUUGCCCGUUGGUGUAAAGAAAAUUACUAUGUCAUUUAGCUCAAAAAUGGUGAAAAAUUGUAGGGAGUUAGUACCUCAGGACGAGCCUAUUGUAUUAAUAGUAGGGGCUAUGGCACAUGGAAAGGUGGAAGUAGAUUAUUCAGAAGAUGUAAUAUCUAUAAGUAACUACCCUCUGUCUGCUGCAUUAACUUGUGCGAAGAUUUGCUCCGCAUUUGAAGAAGUAUGGGGAGUUUGUUGA